AUGAUCGUGGAACCCAGUCCCGAUCCAUACAGCUGGACGAGAAAAAAAAAGCUAUUCAUCUUCGUCACUGGCUUGGUGAUAGUCCUGAAUAGUACUCUCGGAUCCGCCCUUCCCAGCGGUGCCAUCGAUUUCAUCGCGGCCGACUUCAACAUAACAAACCAGCAACAGCUCGUACUACCGAUAACGACCUACUUGAUCGGAUAUAUUCUCGGGCCUAUUCUUUUCGCUCCCUUGUCAGAGACAUAUGGCAGGCGUCCGGUGAUGAUAUGGACAUUCCUAGGAUAUACAAUCUUCAGUCUUGCCUGUGCUGUUGCGCCCAACUUUGCGGCCAUUGUCAUUUUUAGACUGUUUGCUGGUAUCUUUGCAUCCUCGCCAACUGCUGUCGUUGGAGGGUUGUAUGCGGAUAUUUUUUCUGAUCCUAAGACAAGGGGCAGAUCGAUGGCUGGGUAUAUGGCUGCUACAACACUCGGCCCUACCAUGGGACCGCUAAUCUCUGGUUAUAUCUCUAAUGUCAGUUGGAGAUGGACGUUUUGGAUCGCGUUGAUCAUUGCUGGUGCUUCAUGGCCUGCGCUGAUAUUUCUCCCUGAAACCUUUCGGCCUGUGUUGCUGCGAAAAUAUAAUAAGAUUAAUAAUAUCACAUCGGAUGAUGCGAACCUGGCUACUCCCGGUCUACGAAACCUCGUCACGCGAGUGUUGACACGCCCUAUCCGAAUGAUCUAUUCCGAGUCAAUUGUUCUAUUCUCCUGUAUCUAUCUUUCCUUAACAUACUCUAUCUUUUACCUCUUCUUCGAGGCUUACCCUAUCAUAUUCCAAGGAAUAUACGGUUUCAGUAGCGGACAAUGCGGUCUAGCAUUUAUCCCCAUCGGAAUCGGCGCUCUCCUAUCCUUCCUCGUCUACCUCGCCUACGACUCCGUCUACCAACGCGCCCAAUCCCAAGCCAAACCCUGGGUGAAGAUCGAAGAAUACCGCCGUCUCCCCCUAGCCUGCCUCGGCGGACCCCUAUACACCAUCUCCCUCUUCUGGCUCGCCUGGUCCGCCCAGCCAUCCAUCCACUGGAUCGUUCCCAUGCUCUCUGGCAUCCCCUUCGGCAUCGGCUUCCUGCUCAUAUUCAUGGCGCUGAUCAACUAUCUCGCUGACGCGUAUGGGACCUAUGCGGCGAGUGCAUUGGGCGCUGCGAGCUGUACGAGAAGUGUAUCUGGUGCCUUGUUGCCGCUUGCCACGUCGCCAAUGUUCGCGAGGCUGGGAACGCAUUGGGCGACUAGUUUGCUGGGAUUUGCGAGUUUGGUGAUGAUUAUAAUCCCCUUUGCGUUUAUUCGUUUUGGGGAUCAUCUUAGGCGGAAUAGUGCUUUUAGUCAGGCUGCUAAGGGGAGGUGA